AUCACGAUGCUCAGUCCUCCUCUCGCUGCCGCGACGUAAACACAUACGCUCCGUCACAUCAGUGUUAUACAAAAAAGUUGAAUUUUUUAUAUAAAAACUCGUGCAGUGACUUAUUAUAUUGCUAAAAAUCUAUUGGAUAUUGGUUUAUAACACAGCAUCCACAAGGGACGUUUUCAUUGCAAAAUAAAAAUUGUCUCACAAUGAGGUGCCAGUGACCGUCAGCAGCGGGCGUGAUCGUCCACAAUGACAUCUGAGCGAGCCAUCCCACACCUUCGCGACAUCUUCGGGCUCAACCAGCAAUACGAAGCCAAACAGACAUUCGACGAACAUGACGACAAAACAAAGAAGUCCAGCCGUAAGAAGAAAGAUGAUUUUCGGACGUACACCAAUGGCGACGUGAAAACCCUUGAAAGACAUCUCAGUAUGAAGAAGACAAUAAGGAAAAAGAUUAUGCGCGACCUGCAACAGGCGUUCGUCGAAGACCCUAACGAAUUUAAGGUCGAAAACACAAGUCCGGAAAAACUAAAGGCUGAACUAAGCGCUGAAGCUGUGAAAAUAGAGAAGAACGUGAAAAAGAAUGACCCAACGUUCCUGGAUAUGUUGAGGGGAGAGACCAGGUCUGAAGAGACGAGGGAAGAGCAGCCGACUGCGGAAAAGUCGAGCUUUUGGCGGCGUUUAACUAUGAAGAAUAAGAAUAAGAGAUAAUCUGUCAGCCAAUACCGUUGUGACGUCACUCCGUCAUCCCAGCGCGUAUUUUACUUUUUACCGAUAUAAAGUUAAUCUAUAAUGAUACACAAAAUAAAAUAAAAUUCCCAAUUAAGGUCACAUUUAGCGGUUUGCAUUCACAAGCACAAUAAAAGUGUAAAAACAGUUCCAAUGUGUUUCGAAAUUCAAGGUCUCAUGAGAAUAGCUGCAAACCUUUGAUCCUUGCCUCGUUUUGCGUCAUAGUUACAAAAAAGGACAUAAAAACAUAAUAUUUUAAGGAAAUAUAUUCUCUUUGAAAAAAUAUAUGAUUGAUAUUCGAUGACACGCAUUGUGGAUUAAUUAAAAGCUUUAUGGCUUCAUAUAGUGCCAUGAACUUAUUUGACCCGGUAAAUUAAUCUGAAAAGAAUUUUUACCGGAUCAAAUACGCUUAGGUGCAACAAAGAUUACGAGACAGGUGUUGUUUUAUUGUGCAAUUUAAUGCGUUUGCAAUUUCCUGCAUACCCUAGAAUUAUAUUUGUGCUUCAAGAUGGCUGACACACUUCCUUCGAUCUCAGAGCUAUCAGCAAAAUUUAAAAUUAAGUAGUUACGUGAGAUUGUUCCUAAAGUACAUGUAUAUGCAUUUAUACGAUUUGAUAUAUAUAUAUUAUUCUAGCAUUUUCUACAGAAUUCCAUUUGGAUUUUUACUCGCAUACCUUUGAAAAGAGUGCUAACGUUUUUGGUGCUUUAUCUUUAAACACUGCCAAUUCAAAUCUGAUUCAAAAUCCUAUCGGGAAGCUCCAAUUUGUAAUUAAGGUUUUUAUGUAUAUGUUAUAUUCAUUGUAUUCUAAUCCAAUUUUUUCUUAACCUCCCAAUAGAUUCAAUAAUUCUAAGAUUCUUGAUAUCGUAUACUUAAUAUUAAAAUAUAGAAAUGUGUACUUAUGUAUAAAAUGUUAAAUGUGUAUAAAUUAAUUUAAAAGUCUGAUCUGUUGGACUUAUCUGAUUCGUAAAUUAAAUUUUCUCUCAUGGUCGUAUUCUGAUUUGUAAAUUAAAUUGUCUCGUAUUAAUUGUUAUAUCUAAAGAACAAUGCAAAUUCAGCAACGAAAUUUCUCUUUAAACGUGUAGUUUUGUUGGGCAGCUUAUUUAAAUAUAAAAUAGUUUUUUUUCUCUUUAUUUUACAAAAUAAUAUAGUAUAUCACAAUAUGUUACAUUAGAAAACCGCUGUGGAUUGUAUUAAUGUAACCAUAGCAGCCUUGUUUAGUUAAAUUUCCCGAACGGAGAACGGAUAUAAAAUUGAAUUUGUAUGUUUUAAGAAUACUUAAGCAUUAACUAUUGUCCAUUAUUAAGAAUAAAAUUGUAAAUGACUCCGCGCUGGCUCGUCUCAUUUAGCGGAACUAAGAACUUUUUCUACGUCAACUAUUUUAAAGAUUAAUUGACAUAUCACAAAUUAUUUUGCAAUAUAGUUCAACAGAUCGACACGUGCAUAAUAUGAGAUUCUUUUUGGUGGGAACUGGGAACGGAAUGACGAAAUAUCUUCGGCCAUUGUUACUUAGAAAAUGUCUCAUUCUAUAUGUGAUGUAACGUUAAGUGUACUAGUUAAUAAGUAUUUCGUAAGUGCCCCAAUAACACAAGGACGAUGUCCAAAAACUUACCUUUUUUUAAAUAGAUGCUCAGAACAAUAAGUUUAAGAGAGUUCGAUUCUUUUAAGAACUCUAAGAGUGGCGCUAGCAUCUAUCCAUUUCGAUAUAUUUACUUUCAAACUGUAGUUCCAUAAUCAUUUGAGAGACCCUUUUAUUGCUACAUAUUAAAACAUAAUUGAUAGGUACAUAUUAGUUUUUACGACUGUGACAGCAAGUGAUAGUUUAAAAAAAAUCCAACCUAUGCAUAUCGGAAUUUUGACAGAUCGAACGCAUAGAUCUUCAAAUUCUGUUCAAAUAAUUAUUUUUGCUUCUGUUUAGUGAAAUACACCUACCAUUUACUAUCUAUUACGUUAACUAUUCCAUGCUUCGAAUGAACGUAUUUUUCGUGCUAAGGGCUCGUUGUUAUAUAUAGUUUUCAAGUAAAUUAUUAGAUAGCGAUUGUACUGAAAUAAAUCUAGUAAGACAUAUAACAAUGUGAAUCGGGCUUUAGUGUAAGGUAGGCGUGGAAAUUCCUUGUUGUGACAAUUUUAUUGUAAUGCAAUAUUAAAAUAAUUUUACAUAUUUAA